CAACAGAGCCGAACCAGAGAAGCUAAUUCAUUUUAGCAGCUUUUGGCGAACAAAUGUUUAUGUAGCGUAAAUACUAACGACCAAAAAUGAUUCCUUACACCGUCAACAUCAAACUCGCAGCUCGGACGUUGACUGGCACUCUCAAUUUGCAGAAUAAAACCGCGGUAGAUUGGGGUUGGCAGGGGCUGAUAGCUCAGGGAUGUCACUCCAGUAUUCUCAUCAUUGAUCCAAAGACAGCCCAGACCAUCCAGGUUCUGGAAAGGCACAAAGCCAACGUUGUCAAGGUGAAAUGGUCCAGAGAAAACUACUACCACAACUUGAGCUCACCAUACUGUCUGCGUCUGGCCUCGGGAGAUGCCUCAGGGAAGAUAAUAGUGUGGGAUGUAGUCAGUGGCACUGCUCAUUGUGAGAUCCAGGAGCACUCCAAACCAAUUCAAGACUUGGAAUGGUUGUGGAAUCAGGAUGCGUCUCGUGAUUUGCUGUUAGCCGUCCACCCUCCCAACUACAUUGUCCUGUGGAAUGGAGACACAGGCACCAAGCUGUGGAAGAAGAGCUACGCUGAGAACAUCCUCUCCUUUUCUUUUGACCCCUUUGACCCGUCCAAUAUGGCACUGCUGACCAGCGAAGGAAUAGUCUUUAUCACAGACUUUUCCCACUCCAAACCGCCAGGCAGCGCUGGCAAAAAGGUCUACAUUGCCAGCCCACAUGCAAGCCCGGCCCACACCAAACCUGCUCCCGCUGCUGCCCCGGCCCCGACCGGAGCCAAGAAAGCCCUCAACAAGGUCAAAGUGCUCAUCACCAAUGAAAAACCCACUGCAGAGGCGGUGACUUUGAACGACUGUCUGCAGCUGUCCUACCUGCCAUCCAAGAGGAACCACAUGCUGCUACUUUAUCCCAGAGAGAUCCUUAUCCUGGACCUGGAGCUCAGCCAGACGGUUGGUGUGGUGGCCAUUGAGCGCUCUGGGGUGCCCUUCACUCAGGUUAUUCCCUGUGCUCAGCGGGACGCCCUCUACUGUCUCCAUGAGAACGGGUGCAUCACCCUUCGAGUGUGUCGCUCUACUACCACUCCAGAGGAGGCAGCAGAUCCAGAACAGAGUGUCCAGGAGCUCGUCUACGACCUCCGCUCUCAGUGUGAUGCCAUCCGAGUUACCAAGACAGUUCGCCCAUAUCGCAUGGUUAUCUGCCCUGUCAACGAAAACAAUGCUGGGCUGAUGGUCAGUGACGGCAGAGUCAUGCUGUGGGAGCUCAAAGCCCACACUGGCAAGGCUGCCUGUAAUCCUAGUUCGGGGUUGUCGCCACUCUACUCCCCUGUGUCAUUUUGUGGAGCUCCACUGGGUCCAAACCAGAAAAGGAUUCAGGAUCUCUCUCUCAACAGCAUGAUCGGCCAGACCUUGAUAGCUGGUGAGGCUCCUCCUCCAUCAUCCAACCAGCAAGAGGUCCAGUUGAAGUUCCUGCUGACUGGCCUUCUGUCUGGUCUACCGCUGCCACCAUUUGCCAUUCGCAUGUGCCCGCCACUUACCACCAAAAACAUCAACCACUACCAACCCCUGCUGGCUGUAGGCACCAGUAAUGGGUCGGUACUGGUCUACAACUUGACCAGUGGUCUUCUCCACAAAGAACUCAGUGUCCACUCCUGUGAAGUCAGGGGUAUUGAAUGGGUGAGUCUGACCAGUUUCCUGUCUUUUGCCACUUCCGCCCCCAACAACAUGGGCCUGGUGCGAAAUGAACUGCAGCAUGUCGACCUGCCUACUGGCAGAUGCUUUGCAUUCAGAGGCGAGCGCGGAAACGAUGAGCCACCCAUUGAGAUGAUUAAAGUAUCCCACCUCAAACAGUAUCUGGUGGUGGUGUUCAGAGACAAACCCCUGGAGCUAUGGGACAUCAGGACGGGGACACUUCUCCGAGAGAUGGCUAAGAACUUCCCCGUCGUUACGGCACUGGAGUGGUCCCCUUCCCACAACCUGAAGAGUCUAAAGAAGAAGCAAAUGGCAGCGAGGGAGGCCAUGGCUCGGCAGACGGUGUCAGACGCCGAGCAGAGCAGUGUUGAGUCGUCCGUCAUCAGUCUCCUGCAGGAUGCAGAGAGCAAGUCAGAGACCAGCCAGGCCAUAUCAGCCAGGGAGCAUUUUGUAUUCACUGACACAGAUGGGCAGGUCUACCACAUCACCGUGGAGGGCAACACAGUCAAAGAUGGUGCACGAAUUCCCCCUGAUGGCAGUAUGGGCAGUAUCGCCUGCAUUGCCUGGAAAGGUGACACCCUGGUGCUCGGAGAUGUGGACGGCAAUCUCAACUUCUGGGACCUUAAAGCACGUUUGUCCAGGGGAAUACCGACACAUCGUGGCUGGGUGAAGAAAAUUCGCUUCGCUCCGGGGAAGGGCAACCAAAAGCUGCUGGUCAUGUACACGGAUGGAGCAGAGGUCUGGGACACCAAAGAGGUCCAAAUGGUCAGCAGCAUGCGGAUCGGUCGCAACGUGAACUACCGCAUCCUAGACAUUGACUGGUGCACAUCAGACAAGGUCGUUCUGGCCUCCGACGAUGGUUGUAUCCGAGUGCUGGAGAUGGCCAUGAAGUCCGCCAGCUACCGUAUGGAUGAACAGGACCUGACUGAUCCAGUGUGGUGUCCUUACCUGCUGGUCCCCCGAGCUGCUCUCACCCUCAAGGCAUUCCUUUUACUGCAGCCCUGGUCAGGAACCUUCACCAUGGACGUCACUCAAGUAGACUACACUGAGAAAGACGAGAUAAAAGGCCUAAUCCAGGAGCAGCUCAACUCUCUGUCUAAUGAUAUGAAGAGUGUGCUGCAGGACCCGGAGUUCAGUCUGCUGCAGCGAUGCCUCCUGGUCUCACGGCUGUUCGGGGAUGAGUCAGAUCUUCACUUCUGGACAGUGGCGUCCCACUACCUCCAGUCAUUUGCCCAGGCUCGUCAGCUAAGUGUGUCCACUGCAGAGGGGCAGGCUCAAAGUGAAGGAACCCAGACAUCCCCUCACAACCACCUGGACAUCUGCCACGACGUCUUGUGUGAAAGCUCUUACUUCCAGAAGUUCCAGUUGGAUCGAGUUCACCUGCAGGAGGUGAAGCGCUCCAGUUAUGAACACACAAAGAAAUGUGCCGACCAGCUCCUCUUGCUGGGUCAGACGGACAGGGCAGUGCAGUUACUACUGGAGACGAGCGCAGACAACACAAGCUACUACUGUGAUUCACUCAAGGCCUGCCUAGUGACCACCAUCACCUCCUCAGGCCCCUCACAGUCCACCAUCAAACUAGUGGCCACCAACAUGAUCGCUAAUGGCAAGCUAGCAGAGGGAGUGCAGCUGCUGUGCUUGAUUGACAAGGCGGCCGACGCUUGCCGCUACUUGCAGACCUAUGGGGAGUGGAACCGAGCCGCCUGGCUGGCUAAGGUGCGUCUGAACCCAGCAGAGAGCUCAGAUGUGCUGAAGCGAUGGGCAGAACAUCUGUGCUCCCCACAGGUCAACCAGAAGUCUAAAGCCAUCCUGGUGCUGCUUUCCCUUGGCUGCUUUUAUAAAGUGGGAGAGAUGCUCCACAGUAUGAGGCACUUUGAUCGCGCCGCCCUGUUUAUUGAAGCCUGUCUGAAGUAUGGUGUGAUGGAGGCCAAUGACUCUUCCAAUAAACUUAUCGAGGCUGCGUUUUUGGACUAUGCACGGCUGCUGCGCUCACUGGGCCUGCGGGAGGGUGCUGCUCUGUGGGCAUCACGGGCCGGCAGCGCUGGGGAGCAGCUGAUGGAGGAGCUGUUCCAGGGAGAGGGAGGUGUGCCAGAAGCCAUUUUUGGCGAAGAGGAAGUCGAGCUGGGCCAGGAGAGCACCGAGUGACCUCAAAGACGGAGGGGAGGGGUUUGAAAGAGAACGGAUGGCAUACCCUCUGAUGCAAAUCAAGGGUCGGCCAUUCAAUCUAACUCCAGUAACUUAACAUUUGUGAAUUAACUUUGUGUCAGCAUCCAGGGGAAUCAUGAUCAUUAUCUCCGCAUCGGGAGAAGGAGGUAUGAGGAGUUUCCUCCAUGUGAAGUUGUUAGUCAGUCAGUCACUAACGUUUGCCUGUGUCUGUGACUAUACCGAGUUUCUUAAUGUUUGGUAUGACCAGUGUGUGUUUGUGUGCAUAUGUGUAUGUAUGCAUGUAACAGCCCCAAAAGAAACACACUUGUUUCCUCCUUCCCUCAACAAGUGAGGUAAUACACAUCGUUGUUAUUCACCUUGAUAUCAGUGUGUGACUUUGUUGGUUAAUGAAUUUAACUCAUUUGAUUUUUUAAUGGUUGCUUGUUAAACUUUAUUUUGUGUGCCUGUUUUAAUAAUUCCAAAGUACUGUUGUAGCUCUACAGGUUUAAUUUGCCUUUUUGCUGCUCAGAUGAAAUGUGGCAGAUUUACCUUGUCCUGAAAUAAUACAUUCAUUAUUUCAUUUUGAAAAUGCACUGCCAUUAUAAUGGGCCCCAUACCUACUUUUCCAUGACUGAAUUCCAAAAUUAGUUUUGUGUAUUUUUGAUUUUACCAAAAACACUGUAUAAUUUGAAUGAGACAUAAUUUGCUCUAAACAGACACAUAGCACACUGGAUGCUUUGUCCACAGCAGGUGGUGCUGUAUAAGUGCUGUCCAAGCAUCUGCGGAUGUAACUCUGGCACAGCAGUAAAAUUAGUUAGCCAGGCCACCCUCCACUUAUUAUACUUUUAUCAGUAUAUUAUCUCCCUGUGUUGAGAGGGGAGAAGAAUCUAACUGCUGCCACCUCAGUGAUACCAUUUAAUUAGCUUGUGUAGACUUCAGUUAAAUAGAUGCUGGUUGUUCAUUAAUCCAUUCCAUUAAUCCAAACGGAGUUUUUAAUUUUCUACUUUUAUGAAGACUUGGGAGGAUACUUUGCUCUCUGUGUGCUUUGAUGUUUGUAUAAUGAGGUUGUUCUCUGGUGUGUGUAUUACAAGAAGAGCUGUCAAAAUGUGUUGUAACUCAUUUAAAUCAGACCUCUGAUGGAUCAUUUACACACAAACAAUACUAUGUGCUGCUCCUACUGUUCAUUACAAUCAAAAAACCUUACACCCUUUAGGAAGUGAUUUAGACUUGCUCACAUGACUCCUCUGCUCUGCUUUUGCCUCAUUUAAACAUAGUAAAUAUCUACUGAUCAACAAAAUCAUCCAUAUGACAAUGCAAGGACUUUAGUGAUUGUGUGUUUAAUUGCUUUGUAACAUGUUUAGUUGUCCUGAAAUGAGACAGUAACUCAAUCCACGGGACCUUUUCAGUGUGUUAUUGUGUUUCAUAAACACGUCAGUGCCGUUUCUCUUUGUGUUAAGGUUAACCCCAGGCAGUGUCUCUAUGGCAACCCAGGCCUAUUUUUGGGGACUACAUGUUGUAUCUUUAGAUCCAUUUCACAUAGCCCCACUAACAUACUGUAGUAUCACAUAGAGAGCCAGCAUAGAGUCAUACAACCCAGCAGAUAAUCAGCUGUAGUUUACCUGGUGCUGUGUAUCUUCUUCUAAUCAUGUGAUGCAGUAUCGUGGAGGACACAUGUACUGUGCUGCCUGUACUUUAUGAUUAGGCACUGGUUUGAUUAACACUCGCUGCUUUUCUUUGUACUUAGAUGAAAUUUACAAAACUAUGCUGCUCAAAGGUCAGGCAUGUAGACGAGAGAGAAGACAUGCCCGGAGAAGUGUGUUUUGUAAGAAGACAACAAAUUGUGACGGUGUCAAAGCUUAACCUUUUUUCAUUGUUCUCUGUUCAUUGUUUACACCGUUAUCCUUAUGCUUUAAGCUAUAUAAAUAUCACAAGAGAAGAAAAGAUAUAUGUAUAUAUGGAU